CUUUUUCCGCCAUUUUAUUUGCUGAGAGGUCGUCGCAUAAAGUCUGACGAAAAAUAUGGCUGCCAGGCCUUUGAUCACCGUUUAUUCAGAGAAGAAUGAAGCUACAGGCACCAACAUUACUCUGCCAGCAGUCUUCAGGGCACAGAUCAGACCUGACAUUGUCAGCUUUGUUCAUAACCAGAUAAGGAAGAACAGCAGACAGCCAUAUGCUGUAAACAAACUUGCUGGUCACCAGACAUCUGCUGAAUCUUGGGGUACAGGUCGUGCUGUUGCUCGUAUCCCCCGUGUCCGAGGUGGUGGCACCCACAGAUCUGGUCAGGGUGCUUUUGGCAACAUGUGCCGUGGUGGACGUAUGUUUGCCCCAACUAAAACCUGGAGAAACUGGCACAGACGCAUCAAUGUCAACCAGAAAAGAUACGCCAUCUGCUCUGCCAUUGCUGCCAGCGGUGUCCCUGCUCUUGUUAUGUCCAAAGGUCACAGAAUUGAACAGAUCCCUGAAGUACCUCUGGUCAUGAGUGACAAGAUUGAGGAAUUAAAGAAGACCAAAGAAGCUGUUCAAGUCUUGAAAAAACUAAAGGCCUGGCCAGACAUCCAAAAGGUUGUUUCCUCAAAAAGAUUCCGUGCUGGUAAGGGUAAAAUGAGGAACAGAAGACGUAUCCAACGAAGGGGACCCCUUGUAAUCUAUGAAAAGGAUAAUGGUAUUUGCAGAGCUUUCCGUAAUAUUCCAGGUAUCACUCUUAUAAAUGUCAGCAGAUUGAACCUUUUAAAAAUAGCUCCUGGAGGUCAUGUCGGACGUUUCUGUAUUUGGACCGAGUCUGCUUUUAAAAAAUUGGAUGCUUUGUAUGGUACAUGGAGGGUACCAUCCAAAGAAAAGAAUGGUUAUAAUCUUCCCAUGCCUAAGAUGACUAAUAGUGAUUUGUCCAGACUUCUUAAAAGUGAAGAAAUACAAAGUGCCAUCAGAGCUCCUAAGAGAAGCAACACAAGAAAGAUUAUUAAGAAGAAUCCUCUUAAGAAUAUCCGUUCCAUGUUACGUCUCAACCCUUACGCAGCUGUGGAAAAGAGGAACGCCAUUCUAACCCAGGAGGCUCGCAAGAAGGCUAGACAGGAGGCAACUGACAAACGUCGUGGAAUUGCUCCCAAAGCUGAGGCCAAGGCUACCAAGGGCAAAGGCAAAAGCAAGAAAUAAACAAUCACCUGAUUGGGCAAAUAAACAAUCACCUGAUUGGGCCACUGCAAACAUGGACAAUUUUGAAUUUCAUGUUAAAUUGAAUACAGCAGUUGGUUAUGAAUAAAAAAACAGUUCAGAGGAAUAUAAUAUUUUUAUUUUUUGAUUGGUGAAACAGGAAGCAAGGUUUACCGAUUUAUAUCUUCAGUAAUGGGUGGAUCCACUGACCAAACACAUUUAUUGACUCCACAUUCACAUAGCUAGGCCAUAUGUGUCCAAUUCAAGUCAAUCGGAACACGGUAUUUCACAACUGGCUUCUGUUACAUAACCAAUAAUGAACUCUGGUCACUUGUUAAACGUCUCCUUGCAAAAACGUUCAUUGAAAAUAUGCUCUUAUAGUGAUUUAGUAUCUUUUAGUUUUGUUUUUUUUCAUUUCUAUUCCAUAUAUGAUAUAUUUUUUCAACAUUAUCAUAUACA